UGAAAGGUUGUUAUUUUUUUUCCGAAAAAAUUGCUAAAUCUAUUAAUCAAAAUUUGAUAACGAUCGUGGAGGUGUGGAUAAGUUGAGAAAACUGUUUUAUUUUUCAAAGUAAAUAAAAAUUAUGGAAAUUUGUGUAUGUGUCAAUCAAAAGAAUGUUGCGGUUCUAGCUCAAAUCUAGGUGUUUGCGAUACAAUCUAAUCUUCUCCAAGUCGAGUUCUAGGUUUCGUCGGGAGCCGCCAUGAAAGGCAAAUACAGGUUCUGCUUCUGCAGCAGCCCAAGUAAGUUAGAUCCGAACCCAGUUUAUCUAAAAAUGGUUAGAUUGCCUGCCAAGUUUAAGAUGAAGAAGAGCCACCAAAAGAAACUCCUUUGCCGAGUGGAAUCUGAGGUUUGUUUUGGAGAUCAUAAUGAGAAAGACACAAACCCUAGCGAGAUAGAUUCGCUCCCUCUUGAUCUAAAGAUGGCUAUACUUACUAGAUUGCCUGCCAAGUCUCUUACGAAUCUCAAACACGUCUCUAAAAUGUGGUCUUCCAUCAUCCGAAGCCGAGGAUUCAUCGAUUACUUCUUCUCUGUGUCGUCGACGCGAUCUCGUUUUAUAGUCGCUUUGAGUAAUGGUUUAUUCAAUAAGCCUGAGGAGAAGCUUAUCUUCUUAUUCUCGUUUUCACAUGAAGGAGACAAUUCUUCUUUGCUAGCCAAUUUCGUGAUUGCAAUACCAUCAGUGAGCUUUAGUUCCUCCUCAGGGUCUUGUGAAUCUGUCCACGGCUUUCUCUCUGUUACCGCUGAAUUUCGGCAGGUCAUAUGUAACCCUAGCACGGAGGAAGUCAUAAAGUUACCCGUUAACACCCGAUUCGUGGGAUACGAUCCGAUUGAUGAUCAACACAAAGCGUUAUUAGUGCAGUCGAUAAAUCAUAGUGAUCAUCUAGAGCACAAGGUCUUAACACUAGGGGGAGGUGGUCAAGGAUGGAGACACAUCGAAGGUACCACUGCGCCUUAUAGCCCGAUAUCAGUGGGAGUAUGCAUCGAUGGUUUUGUCUACUAUGGUGCUUAUAGCCCAAACCGACCUAUCAAUCCAGUUAUGGUGUGUUUUGAGGUUAGGUCUGAGAAGAUAAGUUUUAUCAAAGCUCCUGAAGAUGUCGUGCAUUGGGGGAAUGAAGCAAUAUUCAUAGAAUACAAAGGGAAGCUAGCGUCCAUUGUGAGAUUCCCUUUUGGUCGUUUCCAUAGUUUUGAUUUAUGGAUACUAGAAGACGUUGAGAAACAUGAAUGGUCAAAGCAAACAUGUGUGUUUCCCUCCUCUGUGUGGGAUGAUGUUGGGGAUAUCAAAAUGUCUUUUCCAGGCACCAACAAGGCUGGUGAGAUUAUUAUGGCCCCAAAGUUGUUAUCACUCGAUGUUAGACCCUUCUACAUUUUCUACUAUAAUGUUGAAACAACAAACGUCAGAAGAAUUAGGCUCCUAGGAAUCGGAGACGAUGAAGAAUUUAGGCGCUCUUCUGGAUUCGUAGACAAGGGUGAAUGCCAUGUCCGCAUCGCACCUCAACAUGUCGAGAGUAUUGCCCAUUUUAAGGAUCCUAUCAUUUAACUACAUUUCAAGGAUCCUAAUGUAAGAGGGCAUGGGAAACUCUGGAUUUUUAUUUUUAUUUUAUUUCAAUAUUUAAGAGUUGAACAUG